AUGCACCGUCUGCUCGAUCUGAAAUUCCAAGCACUGGUAGCAGUACACCUGAUCUCCGUUCGCUUCCUCCCCAGUGAGGCUCCCGUUGGCAGUGAGGCGACGUCUCCGGUAGCUUCUGCACGUAGCGCUACUUCAUCGCUUCGUUAUGGGUCCGAAUUGGGUAUGUCUUCCCAGGGCUCCACUGCAAUGUCCUCUCGCCGUGGGCAUGCCCGCGCUGAUCUCGGGACUGCUCCAAGUCAUCACAGAACUAUUCGAAUGGAGGGGCUUGACGAUGAUCUUGCUGAUGACAAUUCCCAACCACGCAUGUACAUUUGGGGAACAAGUAAUGUGUUGGCAUUCCGAGGUUUCAUAACUGAAUUCAAAGUUUCUGCAUUGGAUGAAGACGAGAACAUGCUAAUGCUGCCAUCUACGCGUCAAGCUGUUGACACCACCAUUCCAUACUACAUGGAGCGUUUAUUCGAAAUCGACCAAACCGAUUGCCCAUACCUCAAUAUGAACCUCGCCCACGAUGUGAUCCCUUAUUUGGACAUGACCGUUAACGAAAUCUACCAAGAGAAAUACAAUCGUGCUCUGGCGACACCUAUCGAGCUACGUCCUUUCAACGCAGAUAAGACAAGGAAUAUGCGUAGUCUGAAUCCCUGUGACAUUGACCAGUUAAUCACAAUUACUGGUAUGUGUUCUGUUUGUAAAUUUUCCGUGGAGAGUGAAGUGGAUCGUGGAAGGAUUGAGGAACCCACAGCGUGCACCAAUUGCUCAAAUACUAUGUGCUUCCAGCUUAUACACAACCGGUCACUGUUUUUAGAUAAACAGGUCAUCAAGCUGCAAGAGUCUCCUGAUGACAUGCCAGCUGGUCAAACUCCUCACACUGUCACCGUGUACGCUCACGGUCACUUGGUGGAAUCAGUACAGCCAGGAGAUCGCGUGACGCUCACUGGAAUCUUCCGAGUUCAAGCUGUCAAGGUUAAUCCUCGCCAAAGAAAUUUGAUGGCCGUUUAUCGUACUAACAUCGAUGCGCUCCACUUCAGGAAAACUGAUUCCUCUCGUCUUCACCAGGAUAAUAUUCGCAAUUUGUCGAAGCGUGCUGACAUCAUUGACGCCCUCAGUCACGCGAUUGCUCCUUCGAUCUACGAGCAUAACGAUGUAAAGAAGGGUAUCCUGUGUUUACUUUUUGGUGGUACUCCAAAAGAUGAUGAAAACACUCAUAAGACAAAGCUGAGGAGUGAGAUCAAUGUCCUCCUUUGCGGAGAUCCUGGUACGUCCCAAGUCCCAGCUUUUGCAAUACGUGUACCGUAUCCUGCCGAGAAGUCAGGCUCCUCUGCGGUAGGUCUGACCGCUUCAGUUUCGCGAGACGCUGACACUCGCCAACUGGUGCUUCAAACUGGUGCUCUGGUUCUUGCUGACAAUGGUGUCAUGGAGCAACAAACUCUAUCCAUUGCUAAGGCUGGGAUCAUAUGUCAGCUCAACGCCAGGGCUUCAAUCCUCGCUGCGGCAAAUCCGGUUGAUUCUAAAUGGAAUCGAGAUAAAACGAUAGUGGACAACAUUCAGCUUCCUCACACUCUUUUAUCCAGAUUCGAUCUCAUUUUCCUGCUGGUCGAUCCUCAGGACGAAGCCUACGAUCGACGCCUUGCCAACCAUUUGGUAUCGCUUUAUUACAGGGAUAAAGCUGAAGCGCAAGCAGAACAGCUUGAUAUGGCUUUGCUCAGAGAUUAUAUCGCGUAUGCAAAGGCGAAUGUUCAUCCGAAAUUGAACGACGACUGUGCUCAAUUUAUCAUCGAUAAAUACCUGUUCAUGAGAAAAGCUGGAGCUCAACAUGGGCAAAUUUCGGCAUACCCUCGUCAACUGGAAUCUUUGAUUCGACUCGCUGAAGCUCAUGCUAAGAUUCGUCUAUCAGAGGCAGUGACAGUGGAGGACGUUGAAUCUGCUUACAACCUAUAUCGCGAAGCAUUGAAGCAAUCCGCUGUUGAUCCUGUUACCGGGAAGGUAGAUGUGAAUAUUCUGGCUGCUGGCAUGAGUGCUACGAGUAGAAAGAUGGUCCAACAGGUGGCUGAUGCCAUAGCUGGUCAUUUGGACAGCACAAGAGGUGUGAAUAUCUCGGCUAAGAAUCUCUUCAUGGCUCUGAGGCAAACUGAUAAGGUACUGACUAUC